GGUUCCGGUCCUCCAGCUCCGCCCCCGGCCCGGGCCCCGCCGCCGAGACCCGCGGGCCGCGCGCUGCUGCUCGGGGUGCCGGGGGCCUGGCGACGGCGGUGGCACCAGCAUGGCGAAGGAGGUGCGGGCGCAGUACGAGCCGGUGGCGGAGAUCGGCGUGGGCGCCUACGGCACCGUCUACAAGGCGCGGGACCUGCAGAGCGGCAAGUUCGUGGCGCUGAAGAACGUGCGGGUGCAGACGACGGAGAACGGGCUGCCCCUGAGCACCGUGCGCGAGGUGGCCCUGCUCAAGCGCCUCGAGCACUUCGACCACCCCAACAUCGUCCGGCUGAUGGACGUCUGCGCCACGGCACGGACGGAGUGCGAGACCAAGGUGACGCUGGUCUUCGAGCACGUGGACCAGGACCUGAAGACCUACCUGGACAAGGCGCCUGCGCCCGGGCUGCCGCUCGACACCAUCAAGGACCUCAUGCGGCAGUUCCUGCGCGGCCUCGACUUCCUGCACUCGAACUGCAUCGUCCACCGGGACCUCAAGCCCGAGAACAUCCUGGUGACCAGCAACGGGCAGGUCAAGCUGGCCGACUUCGGCCUGGCCCGCAUCUACAGCUGCCAGAUGGCCCUGACCCCUGUGGUGGUGACACUGUGGUACCGGGCGCCCGAGGUGCUGCUCCAGUCGACCUACGCGACGCCCGUGGACAUGUGGAGCGUGGGCUGCAUCUUCGCCGAGAUGUUCAGGCGGAAGCCCCUUUUCUGCGGGAACUCAGAGGCCGACCAGCUGGGCAAGAUUUUUGACAUGAUCGGGCUCCCCGUGGAGGACGACUGGCCCCUGGACGUGGCCCUGCCCCGCUGCGCGUUCACGGCCCGGCCCCCCCAGCCCGUCGAGGGCUUCGUCCCCGAGAUGGAGCCGCUGGGGACCCAGCUGCUCCUGGAGAUGCUGACCUUCAACCCCUACAAGCGGAUCUCGGCCUACGACGCACUGCGGCACCUUUACCUCCAGGACCGGGGUGCGGGCGAGGGCUAGCGGCGCCCGCGGGGGCCGCGCAGGACUGGACCCGGCCCCCCGGCCCCCCCAGCGCUGACGGACUCAGGCAGCGACCCCUUUUCUAGGGGGGGUCUAGCACGGAGGGCUCACGCGGGCGCUGCUGCCGCGCUCGCGCGGGGGGGACCGGAGCGUCGCUUCGGGCGGGUGCCCGGCCCCCCCGGCCCCGUGCGAGCCACGUGCGAGGGAGGACGAGGCCUCCCGGCACUGGUGCUCCGCUCGCACGGCGGAGCGGGGGGACGGACAGCCCUGGCGCGAGGUGGCCUGGCCGCGCUCCCCCCCCGUGCCGGGGCCGCCGGGUGCUAUUUAUGAGGAUUUGGCGCGGACGGCGGGGGGGGCGUGGAGACGCGUGCCGGGUUUUCUCCCGGCUCCGGACACUGCCGUUCCCAAUAAAGGGGCGCGGGCAGCGCCCAGGGUGGCCUGGCCCCCUGCCCGCACUGUCA